GGCGGAGCGCAGCCGGGGCAGUAGCGCCGGGAGGGACGAACAGGAGCAGCUGGGUGAGACUAGUUUGGGGAUGUGAACACAAUGAGUGUAAACCAGCAAGCUCACACAGGGCUUCCUUAUGGGCAGCCUCAGCCUGGAUAUCAGGGAUACCAACAGUCUGGUUAUGGAGGGCAGCAAAUGCCUGGAGUUCAUCAUUCUCAGUAUGGCGCUUACAAUGGUCCGCUGCCAGGAUAUCAGCAGCCAGCCCCUCCACAAGGUACAUUAAGAGCUCCCCCUACGUCUGGAGCGCCCCUACCAACCUCUGGUGCACCUGUUCCUGCUGGCCAGCCAGUGUAUAGUCAGUUUGGGCAAGGAGAUGUGCAGAAUGGGAUUGCAACUUCAGCAGUCCAGAUGCAAAGGCCCUCUGCAUCUCAGCCAUUCAUACCAGGCACUGCACCCACACCUGUUAGCCAACCAGCUACCUUCCAGCAAUAUGGCCCUCCCCCAACCAGUGCGCAGCAACUGACCAAUCACAUGGCAGGAAUGCAGAUAGGCAGUUCAACCUCUGCUCCUCCCCCAACUGGACUGGGCUAUGGUCCCCCAACAUCCGUUCCUCCAGCCUCAGGAAGCUUUACUGCAACAGGAUCUGGUCUCUACACAUCUUACUCUUCAAGCCAAGGACCCCCUCCCGUUACCAUGACCCAUGGAUUGCCUCCUACCAGCCUGUCUCAGGGUCUUUCCCUGGCGCAACCUGCUUUUUCUGGUCCACCACUGUCAGCCCAGCGCCUCCCUCAAGCCCCUGGUUUUGUCCCACCUCCCUGCUCCACAGGGAUUGGACCUUCCAGUUACCCUCCUACCACUGGGGCCCCAAGACCUUCAACAAUGCAAGGCUCACAGUUACCUGGACAGGCUCUAACUGGAUUACCAACAUCCCAGCCUAAUCAUGUGUCCUCACCACCACCUCAUCCAUCCAUGUCAGGGCCUGCAAUGACUGGCCUUCAGGGACCACCUCCUCCCACACAUCCUUCCCAGUCAGGAUACCAAAUGCAGCAGAAUGGUUCCUUUGGACAGGUUAGGGGCCCACAACCAAACUAUGGCGGCGCUUAUCCAGGAACACCAAAUUACGGGAGUCAACCUGCACCACCUCCCCCGCCAAAACGCUUGGAUCCGGACUCCAUUCCUAGCCCUAUCCAAGUAAUUGAAGAUGACAGAAAUAACCGUGGAUCAGAGCCAUUCAUCACUGGAGUUAGAGGGCAGGUCCCACCCCUCGUUACUACCAAUUUUCUGGUGAAAGAUCAAGGUAACGCGAGCCCUCGCUACAUAAGAUGCACAUCUUACAAUAUUCCUUGCACCUCAGAUAUGGCCAAACAAUCCCAGGUUCCCCUAGCUGCUGUCAUAAAACCACUGGCUAUGCUACCCACAGAUGAGGCCCCUCCCUAUUUGGUAGACCAUGGAGAACCUGGUCCUAUACGGUGCAAUCGGUGCAAGGCCUACAUGUGUCCUUUUAUGCAGUUCAUUGAGGGUGGAAGGAGAUUCCAGUGUUGCUUCUGCAGCUGCGUCACUGAGGUGCCUCCUCACUACUUCCAGCAUUUGGAUCAUACCGGCAAGAGAGUGGAUUUCUAUGAUCGACCUGAAUUAUCGUUGGGCUCCUAUGAGUUUUUGGCAACAGUCAGCUACUGUAAGAAUAACAAGUUUCCCAAUCCACCUGCUUUCAUUUUCAUGAUUGAUGUGUCUUACAAUGCUGUAAAGAGUGGCUUGGUGAGGCUGAUCUGUGAAGAGUUGAAGUCACUCCUGGAUUACCUGCCCAGGGAAGGCAACAUGGAAGAGUCAGCCAUUCGGGUGGGCUUCGUCACUUACAACAAAGUGUUGCACUUCUAUAAUGUGAAGAGCUCAUUGGCACAGCCGCAAAUGAUGGUUGUGUCGGACGUAGCUGAUAUGUUUGUGCCGCUGCUUGAUGGCUUCCUGGUGAACGUGAAUGAGUCCAGGACAGUUAUUGUCAGUUUGCUGGACCAGAUCCCGGAAAUGUUUGCAGACACAAGAGAAACAGAAACUGUCUUUGCCCCAGUGAUUCAGGCAGGAAUGGAGGCACUGAAGGCGGCAGAGUGUGCUGGCAAGCUCUUCAUCUUUCACACCUCACUGCCCAUUGCAGAGGCUCCAGGGAAGCUGAAGAACAGAGAUGACAGGAAGCUAAUCAACACAGAUAAGGAAAAGACUUUGUUUCAGCCUCAGACGAGCUUCUACAGCAACUUGGCCAAGGACUGUGUGGCCCAAGGCUGCUGUGUAGAUCUGUUCCUUUUUCCAAACCAGUAUUUGGAUGUGGCGACACUGGGGGUGGUUCCUUACCAGACAGGUGGCACCAUUUAUAAAUAUGCCUAUUUCCAGCUGGAGACAGACCAAGAACGGUUCCUGAAUGACUUGCGCAAAGAUGUCCAAAAGGAAGUGGGAUUUGAUGCUGUGAUGAGGGUGCGCACAAGCACGGGUAUUCGAGCAACGGACUUCUUUGGAGCUUUCUACAUGAGCAACACGACGGAUGUGGAGCUGGCGGGUCUGGACUGUGAUAAAACCAUCACAGUGGAAUUCAGACAUGAUGACAAACUGAGUGAAGAUAGUGGGGCGCUUCUUCAGUGUGCUCUGUUGUACACAAACUGUGCAGGACAGCGACGACUCCGCAUUCACAACCUCUCCCUGAACUGUUGCACGCAACUUGCUGACCUCUACCGGAAUUGUGAGACAGACACACUCAUCAAUUUCUUGGCUAAGUUUGCAUAUCGUGGGGUUCUGAAUAAUCCAGUCAAGACAGUGCGAGACACGCUGAUCAACCAGUGCGCACAGAUUCUGGCAUGUUACCGAAAAAACUGUGCUAGCCCCUCUUCUGCUGGCCAGCUGAUCCUCCCUGAAUGCAUGAAGUUGCUUCCUGUGUACUUGAACUGUGUGUUGAAGAGUGAUGUCCUGCAGCCUGGGGCAGAAGUCACCACUGAUGACCGCGCCUACAUCCGUCAGUUAGUCAGCUCCAUGGAUGUAGCAGAAACAAACGUUUUCUUUUACCCCAGGCUUUUGCCUCUGACCAAAGUAGAUGUUGACAGCGACACCUUGCCAGCGGCAAUCCGGAACUCUGAAGAGCGACUCUCUAAGGGCGACAUGUACCUGCUAGAGAAUGGACUGAACAUCUUUGUGUGGGUAGGAGUGAAUGUACAGCAGGGCCUGAUCCAGAACCUCUUUGGAGUGUCAUCCUUCAACCACAUCAGCAGCACUCUGAGUACCUUGCCAGUCUUGGAAAACCCCUUCUCUAAGAGAGUGCGAUCCAUCAUUGACAUGUUCCAGGCACAAAGAUCCCGCUACAUGAAGCUAAUAAUUGUGAAGCAAGAAGAUAAAUUGGAGAUGCUAUUCAAACACUUUCUGGUGGAGGACAAGAGCAUGAGUGGUGGGGCUUCAUAUGUGGACUUCCUCUGUCAUAUGCACAAGGAGAUUCGGCAGCUACUGAGCUAGAGGAGGGAGUGGUGCUGGACUCCAGCAGUGACAUUUCAGUCUCCACUAACCACCUGAUCCAUGGGCCCAGCUCCCUCAAGAAGGACAACAUAGAAACCUGUACAAUUCCGUAAUUUUUAAUACACAUUGCAUAAGCAGAGAUCCUUUCAACCUCUCCCAGCCCCAUUUGAGAGAGAUGCAAAAUUUCCUGGUGAGGG